GUCGAGUACACGGAGCCUGUGUUCAAAAAAGGCAGAGUUUACAAAGGCAUUUAUUGUCCGACGCUCACCAACAGUUUUCGAGAACCCAGUCUCGAAGUAUCGUAUCAGAGAUACUCGCACAGACAACGGCAGAAGUCCUUAAUCAUCGUUAAUUUCGUCGACAUGACACUUAAAGCAGUCUUAGCCGGUGUGUGGCUGUUGCCGACCUACCACGAGCCCUACCACAGCCAAAGGGCCAUAUGGACGUGUCUGACAAUGUUUGCCAAUCUCACCGUGUGUCUGCUCGGUUGGUGGAAAUGUUUUGCCAACAACUACCUGCAGUGGGCAGCCGUUUUCACGUGGUUUUUCAUCAACAUACAAGGUUUCGUGUGGGAGAGUUAUGGCCAAGGAUCUAGAGAAUAUCUGGUGUGGUACGUGUUGUUCAUCGUGUUCGUUACAUAUGCCAUGCUUCCGCUUCCGCUGAGAUGGUGUAUACUGGCAGGUUGUUCGACAGCAUUGUUACAUAUACUCAUCACGAGUUACACGAAAUCGUCAAAGGAAAAAAAUAGACUGUGCGUAGUUCGUCAGCUAACCGCAAUGAGUUUGUUGUAUGCAGCCGUCAACUUUGCCGGAAUGUAUACAAAGUACUUAACGGACCGAAGUCAACGAAAGGCAUUUUUGGAAACACAUAGGUCCACCGAAGCCCGGUUCAAGACCCAAAAGGAAAACGAACAACAAGAAAAACUUUUACUUUCCGUUUURCCAGAUUUCGUGGCUAGGGAAAUAAUUAAAGACAUUGCUUCUGAAACGGACAAAGGGCCUUUUAUGCCAAAUCAAUUUCACCGAAUUUACAUUCAUCGCUACGAAGACGUCAGUAUUCUUUUUGCCGAUAUUAAAGGUUUUACAGAAUGGGCGAGUCGUACUUGUGCUCAAGAAUUAGUCAGAGUACUGAACGAUCUAUUCGCUAAUUUCGAUAAACUAGCUGCGGAAAACCACUGUCUUCGUAUCAAGCUGUUGGGCGAUUGUUAUUAUUGUGUAUCAGGUCUUCCUCAAACUAGACAAGACCACGCUGUGUGUUGUGUAGAAAUGGGUUUGCAUAUGAUAAACGCAAUCAAGGAAGUGAGAAAUAARUUGAAUGUUGAUCUCAACAUGCGCAUCGGAAUACAUUCAGGGUCGGUUCUUUGUGGAGUCUUAGGACUCAGGAAGUGGCAAUUUGACGUGUGGUCUUACGAUGUGACAUUAGCCAAUCACUUAGAGUCUGGUGGAAUACCUGGUCGUGUUCACAUAUCCAAGGCUACUCUGGAUUGCUUAGAAGAAGCCUACGAUACGGAACCCGGUCAUGGGGAAAAUCGCGAUGCUUAUUUAAGGGAUCACGGGAUUGAAACGUUCUUAAUUAAAGAACAAGAGCCUUGCCGAGGUCACMGAAAGCUACAGAAAAUUAAUUCUUCGAGACCACGUCUAUGGUCUGACGAGAAAUUGUGUUUCAACUCCAAUGCGCAGAAACUAAUAUCACCAAAAAUUGAGGAUUAUAUCGACGACAACAAAUGCAACGAAUGGACUCCGGAAAUACCAUUUGAAAAUUUAAAUACAAGUGAUCAAGAAUUAGAAAUCGACGAUGGUGAAUGUGGUACUCCUAUCACGAUUGAAGGAGACGUAGAACACGCUGAAGAUAUAAUGGAUCAUUGUAUCGAAGUCGAGAGUAAUGAAAGAAUGAGAAACGAAAACAUAGAUCGAUGGACUUUAAGGUUCAAACAACCAGAAAUCGAAACUAAAUUUUGUCAGUUACGCGAAGACAUGUUUAAAUCAAACAUGGCUUGUUGUUUUAUCAUUUGGCUGUUGGUCGUAUGUUGUCAAACGAUCAUAUUGCCCCGAUGUAUGAAACUAUUGGUCGCCUUAACAUUCACCACCGUUGUGCUUUGCGCUGCACUGACACUUGUCAUGGCUGAAGAGUUCAUGCACUUGCCGUCGGCUUUGCAAAGGAUGUCCUCAGUAUUGGUGCAAAACCGAUUCAGGCGGACAAUGUUCAUUUGUGCUGUAGUCGGACUUAUAUGUUUUUCUUCCACUCUGAGUCUCCUGUUUACACCCGAUGAGCACCUAAUCAGGAAACAGGACGACUCAGACGAUGACGACGGCAGAARGACGAAACGACGGAUUGAAGAGUCCAAUGACUGUGUGCACCCCGAGUAUUUGGUGUUCACUUGGGUGCUGUGUCUAAUAGCCUUAGCCACCACGCUCAAGCUAUAUUUCCUAGUCAAGACUUUCAUGGCGUCCAUCAUGGUGGCCGUUUACACGGUGCUCACGUCGCUGGCCUACCCACAAGUGUUCUCGCAAACUGACACCGAACACCGGACCAUGCCGCUAUCCUCACAGAUGCUGUUACUGUUGAUCGUGUUUCUGGUGUUGGUGGCCUAUCAUGCCCGAUUGGUAGAAGUGACGUCCCGAUUGGACUUUCUGUGGAAACGGGAAGCCGAACGUGAGCUGACCGAAAUGCGCGAAACUAGGACCAAUAACCGUCAACUGUUGCGCAAUAUAUUACCAGAUCACGUCGCUCACCAUUUCUUAUCGUCCUCCCGCAGGCACACUACAGACGAACUGUACUCGCAGUCCAUCGACAAGGUUGGCGUUAUGUUUGCAAGUAUACCGAAUUUCACGGAAUUUUAUUCGGAAGACAUAAACAAAGGCAUGGAAUGCAUCAGGUUGCUAAACGAAAUUAUAGGAAUAAGCUGCGGCGCCCUAGUGGGCGGAGUCAUCGGAGCGCGAAAGCCCGUGUACGACAUUUGGGGAAACACCGUGAACGAAGCUUCCAGGAUGGAUUCAACGGGCACUAUGGGCCGGAUACAAGUACCAGAGAGCACGGCSAAGAUCCUGAUGGACAGGGGUUACGAGACGGAGUUUCGGGGCUCAAUCGCGGUCAAGGGCAAGGGCGAGAUGAAAACGUACUUCGUGGUGGGCAAAAAGGGCGCCGUGACGAACAGCCUGAGCCGACAGUCCAGUCAGAUCAGCAGCUUGGCGACAGUGGUCUACGGGAUGGUGCAAGCCAGACGCCGGCAAAACACAGUAAAAAAAAGACAUUUUCAUCAUGUUGCAGGCGACAACAACCUGACGCGCACCAAGUCGCAAUACCAUCGCACGCACCCCGGCCGGUUGGUGAACUUUAGCAGCUUUCGCGUGUCCAACCGGCACCAACAGCAACCACAGCACCAGCUCCAGCAACAAAACGCGGCCCACGACGGUGCCGGCGGCGGUACGAGCGCCGCGGUGGCCAGGGCCGUGGCGGCCGGCGGCAGCCGCCUGUUGUCCGCGUCGGCUUUCGGGAACACGCUGCAGCAACACCGACAACUGCAGCAACAGAAACGCGACGCGGCCAAACAGCUGCAACGCUGCGACAACGGGACGCCGGCGGUCGGGCGGGCUGACCACCGCGGCAAGAACCACCGCAAGUCAGCCGCCGCGGCCGGCAUCUCGACCGCCGCGGUCGCUGGUACGUCGCUCAGGUACUGCAAGUCGGUGUCGCCGAUUGCCGAAAAACCGCCGGCGCGCCAAAGCCCCCCCAGGUCGGCGUCCAUGAACCUCCAGCCCCGUAGCUUCGCGGUGGCCGACUCGUGCCCGCAGAGGUGAUGAUGACCACACCGCACCGGUGCAGGUUUAUAUAUAUAUAUAUAUAUAUAUGGAGGCGGCGUGGCGGUGGACUGAGUUAUUUUGGUACAACAGUGUUCGAAAUAUACGGCGAUCGAAUGAUCGGAGUUUCUAAAAUACUUGUAUACACUUGCAUUCAAAUGUCGAUAUAAAUGUAUAAUAUUAUACCUCUAAAAUCACAUUAAGUACCUACCUAUUUAUUUAUGUGUGUGUGUAAAAAAUUAAUUUUCCUUAAGACAUUUUUUCAAAAACAUCUAAUGAGUCACGUGUUUAAGUGAAAUAGUCUUCUGUACAUAUUAAAUAUAAUUAUAUCCUUGUAAAUAAAAAAUUAUUUUAAAUAUCCAUAGCAGAUAAUAUAAUUUAAGGAUUCUAGAUUAAUGCAUCCAAAAA